UGUCAUCUCUCUGUCUCUCUCUGUCUAUGUACUCUUCACCUCUAGUCAAUGAGACCAAACCUGCAACCUCUGUUAUCAUAGGAAACCCUUGUUUUUGUUAUUGUCAUUCUCCUUUCUCUUCUUUGCCAGCUCUCUCUUGCAUCUUGCAACUUCCAACCCACAAUUCAUUUUCACUUACCUUAUUAGUUUCUACUCCUUCCAUUCCUUGUGCUAUCUGCAAAGCUACCUAUUAGUUUAGUUUGGUCUACUUCAAAUUCCUUCUAUAAUCAGACCAAGCUAAAGCUCAAAACUUUAUACACAAAAAGGCACCAAAUACUCAUUUAUGAGACACCCAUUUGAAGCUUGUCCACUCAGGACAAGAUUGAUAGCCCCUUCUCAAACAUAAACCUAAGACCAAGAAGAACAAUUGUCAGUUACCAACCAACCAUGAAACCUGCUCAUGGCCUCAUCAUCUGUCUCAUUUUUGUGUCAAUUUUAUUUUUAGCAAAUGAUGCAAGCUUGGUCCAUGAGGCAAAUGGGUCUUUUCCAAUGGUGCCUGUGAUGGAGGCUGGGAAGAUGGAGAUGAUGAUGGUGAUGAAUGAGAGCAGAAGGAAGCUUGGGAGCUUCCAGAUAUGUGCUAUGUGCACUUGCUGUGGUGGAGCAAAAGGGAUCUGCUUGUCCACUCCCUGUUGCUUUGCCAUCAAUUGCAACAUUCCAGAUAGACCUUUUGGCUUCUGUUCAUUCACUCCCAAGACCUGUAAUUGCUUAGAAUGCCAUCUUUAAUUCCCUUCUUCCAUAAUUCAAAACUGAGGAUUUUCUUCAAUUAAUUAUGUUGCAAGUGUGAAUGAGAAGUGAGGAUUGAGGAAUAUAUGUUCUUGAAUUGUUUGUUUAGUAAUUAAUAUUAUUAUUUGGGAAUUGUUAUUUCCA